GCGGUUGGUGCCCGCGUGGUUUGGCGGGUGCAGGGGGAGUCCGGCGGCCCGGCCCACAUAGACCCUCUGCCGGAGUCGCAGGCACCAUUGGAGCACAUGAGGUAUACGGGCAGAGUGCGGCCAGAUCGGGCGUCUGUCAGGAAAGACUUUCUUUUUUAAAAGACGGGAGUCUCGCUCUGUCACCCAGGAGGAAAAAAAAUGUCUCAAAAGCAGAUGAAGGAAGCUUUUGUCAGUAACCUCAAUGGAACCACCGUGCUGGAAAUCACCCAGGGAUUGUGCUUUCCUGCAUUCUGUAUCCUGUGCAGAGGAUUCCUGAUCAUUUUCUCACAGCACAUAUGUUCUUUUUCACAUACCUGGAAAACUAGAUUCUUCAUUGACUUUGUUGUCCUAAUAGUUCCCAUGGUAGCCACUUUGACCAUUUGGGCUUCAUUUAUUCUCCUUGAGCUUCUCACUGUAAUUAUCUUUGGGGCAGGGCUGUUCUAUCAAAUAUACCGAAGGAGGACUUGCUAUGCCAGAGUUCCUUUCCAGAAAAUCCUUGAAAAAUUCUUGAACAUCAGUGUAGAAUCAGAAUACAUUCCAGCUAUCUCCUGUUUCCGUGUAAUUACCAGUGCAUUUACUGCUAUUGCUAUUUUGGCUGUGGACUUCCCACUUUUUCCCAGAAGAUUUGCCAAAACUGAGCUCUAUGGGACAGGAGCAAUGGAUUUUGGAGUAGGUGGCUUUGUUUUUGGGACUGCAAUGGUUUGUCUAGAGAUCAGGAGGAGAAAAUAUAUGGAAGGGUCCAAAUCGUGUUACUUUACAAACUCAUUGUACUCUGUUUGGCCCUUGGUCUUCCUAGGAAUUGGACGAUUAGCCACUAUAAAAUCAAUAGGCUAUCAGGAACAUUUAACUGAGUAUGGAGUUCACUGGAACUUUUUCUUUACCAUCAUAGUUGUGAAAUUGGUAACACCACUGCUUUUGAUUAUUUUUCCCCUAAAUAAGUCCUGGAUUAUUGCCCUCAGCAUUACUGUAUUAUACCAGCUAGCCCUUGACUUUACCCCACUGAAGACGUUAAUAUUAUAUGGUACUGAUGGUAAUGGCACACGGGUUGGCCUGUUAAAUGCCAACCGCGAAGGAAUAAUCUCUACCUUGGGGUAUGUGGCAAUACACAUGGCUGGUGUACAAACAGGGUUAUAUGUGCAUAAGAACAGAUCACAUAUCAAAGGCUUGAUAAAAGUAGCCUGUUGUCUUUUGCUGGCAGCUAUUAGCCUCUUUAUAUCUCUUUAUGUAGUUCAAGUAAAUGUAGAAGCAGUAUCUCGAAGAAUGGCAAAUUUAGCCUUUUGUAUCUGGAUAGUUGCUUCUAGUCUGAUCCUUCUUAGUAGUUUAUUACUGGGUGAUGUAAUUUUGAGUUUUGCCAAAUUUCUAAUUAAAGGCGCUCUAGUACCAUGUUCUUGGAAACUUAUCCAGUCACCUGUUACAAAUAAAAAGCAUUCAGAAUCUCUAGUCCCUGAAACUGAAAGAAGGGAACCCAGUCUUUGUUUAAUCACAGCUCUAAACAGAAAACAGUUAAUAUUUUUCUUGCUGUCAAAUAUAACAACUGGCCUGAUUAACCUGAUGGUAGAUACACUACACAGCAGUACCUUGUGGGCCUUAUUUGUGGUCAAUCUCUAUAUGUUUUCCAACUGUUUUAUUGUAUACGUACUGUAUUUGCAAGAUAAGACUAUAAAAUUUUGGUGAUCAGCAGUAGGAUAUAUAAGUAUUUGGGCAAUAUUUAAUGAGGAAGAA